AUGGUUUCUCGAAGAAGCAUUCACCAAACAUGUCCCGACUGCCCCAGCCCCGUUGCCGUAUCAGAUCCCCAGGUUUUAGAAGCUGCCACUGAGUCUCUUGCAAAAUACAACAAUGAGAGCACCUCGAAGCAGUAUUCUCUGGUCAAAGUCACCAGGGCUUCUAGCCAGCCUGUUGGUCUUUGCACUGGUUCGCUGAUGCGAAAUGAAAUAGAAACUUUUGUCUCUGCAACUUGUAAAUUCUUUGAAUCACAGGCUCCUGCUCCUGGCGGUGAAAACUCUGCUGUUAACCUGAGCCCUGUGCACCUGCCCAAGGUGGAAGAAUCCCAGGACAAAAAGGCAGCGCCCACUGAUGCCUCAUCCACAGCUGUGCCAAAAGGAUUUGUCCAAUACCUCUCUGACCCAGAUAGGAAGUCCCAAGAGCCCCAGGAAAGUGACCCUGUUUAUGGUCAAUGCAAAGCAUUAUUAUAUAUGCACAAGACAGCAAGAAUUCUUCAGACACUUUCUUAAAACUGUACUCUUCACCCAGUUUCUGGAAGAAGCAUUCACCAAACAUGCCCCGACUGCCCCAGCCCCAUUGACGUAUCAGAUCCCCAGGUUUUAGAAGCUGCCACUGAGUCUCUUGCAAAAUACAACAAUGAGAGCACCUCGAAGCAGUAUUAUCUGGUCAAAGUCACCAGGGCUUCUAGCCAGUGGGUGUAUGGGUUUUCCUACUUCGUGGAAUAUUUAAUCAAAGAGGAACCUUGUACCAAAUCCCAGGCCAGCUGCACACUUCAGUUUCCUAACUCAGAGCCUGUUGGUCUUUGCAUAGGUUCGCUGAGCCGAAAAUUAAGAAAAACUUUUGUCUCUGUGACUUGUAACCUCUUUGAAUCACAGGCUCCUGCUCCUGGCGGUGAAAACUCUGCUGUUAACCUGAGCGCUGUGCACCUGCCCAGGGUGGAAGAAUCCCAGGACAAAAAGGCAGCGCCCACUGAUACCUCAUCCACAGCUGUGCCAAAAGGAUUUGUCCAAUACCUCUCUGACCCCGAUAGGAAGUCCCAAGAGCCCCAGGAAAGUGACCCCGUGGAAGACUUCCCUGUGCAUCUGGAUCUAACCACGAAUCCCCAGGGAGAGAACCUGGAUAUCUCCUUCCUCUUCAUGGGGCCUGUGAGGGAGACCCUGCCGGUGCUGCCUUUCCCCUCCAAAGAACAUUGCUCUUCUGAGUGCCCAGGACCAGCCGAAGAGCCCAACCCUGUUCUUCUUCCUCCAUGA